AUCAGCAGUGAGGAUUAUGGGUAAGUGGUUCUGAAGCUUAUCAAAAUUAAAUGCGGGACUAUUUUAACAGCCACAGAGCUAACCCGCGAGGCAUGUCUCCCUAGGCAACAGCUCAUGGCGAUCGACGCAUCCUGCUGACUGUUAAUUGGUAGCUAGCAACGCGGGAAAGACUUAGGAGAAAACCAGAACAGAAGUCAAAUACUGUUUUUUCCAAAAGAUGGCCAAAGUAUCUUCGAUUGUCAUUGGGCCGGCUAACUGGCGUAAUAACAGCAUAAAAACAGUUAAAUUAUCCCAAACAAUUGUACAGAAAAGUGACAAGAGCAAUGACUUGGGACGCUCGCUGGACCCGCUACCUCACAUGCGAGACAUCGUCGCCUCUCUCAGUAACGAAGAGGUUCGGCGUUACACCCGUGAUGUCCGCGUAGUGGUGGCUAAACUGAGAGAGAGCAUUCUGGACACGAACGAAGAAAUCAAAUCUCUCACUCGCGGGAAGGAAGCUUUGGAGAAAUGUUUGGAGCAUAUCCGCAAAGAUAUUCAGCUCAACAAGGACAGUCAGGCCAUUCGCACUACCAGGCCGCCCAGGGAACGGGAUCAUGAUGGGGCAGAUGAUUUGUUAAAUGCUGAGCGUGCUCAUCUCAUCAACAGCAAAAAGCAGUUGGAGAUUCAGCUGCGACUCGUGCAACAGCAGUUGCAGGUGCUAGAUGCAGCCAGAAAACGACUGUUUGCAGUACAUCAAGAACGUGCGCGAGUCGUCGACCUGCUGUGUCAUGCAGACUCUUCUAUCGUCAAUGCGGCAGCUAAUGCUGAAAUAUCUGACAAGAAGCGUGCCUUGAGUGCUCUUGAUGGGCGUGUCUCUGUGGUUGAUAGCAGCCGACUGGGGGUUGCCAUGACUGAUGCGCUUGGACCCUACACACCUGAGACAGACCAGGCCCUGGGUGAGGCUGACGAGGCACGUUCUCGCUCUGCCUAUCUACGCCAAGGGAUCCGGGAAACAAUUGACACCAUCGAGCGGCUUCAAAGAGCUGCUCACAAGUUGGUCAACGACGGCCUCGUUAAGAAAAUUUCCGAGACCGAGACUCUGAAGCAACAUCUUCGAGUCUGCCAUGGAGAAAACCGACAUGCGAUACAUCGUGCACAGCGCUGGUAUGAUGCAACAGAACUUGCCUGGGGUUACACGUUGGGCCCAGUCAUGAGUUCUGAUCUCAUGACACGUGAGCGACUUGACCGUCCCCUGGUGCGAGUCUUCCAGCGUCAUGUCGGCACUCAGCUGCCUGAUGCAAGAGAGAUCAUUAAGUCUGGUGAUGGCCUGCUGCAGUCACUCAAUGCCACCAGUCGCAACAUUGGCCUCAUGCGUCUGACCGAGCAAAAACUGCUGGAUGAUAUUCGCAGCAAGAGUGCAGGAUCACAUAUUGACUCACAGGUUUUCCACUUGCGUCGCAGCAAGGCCAACCAUCGAUGGUGCCUGGGUGCUGCCUUUUAAGCAGCUAGCCAGAAAAUGUAUCUUUUUAUAGCCAACCAGUACUGUUUGGGGCAUGCAGAAACAAACGUACAUUAUUGCUUAUCCUUUUUGCCUGUCUUUAUGUUUGUCUCCUACUCUUUAUUGAACCCCAGUGUAGCCCCCAUUUAGCAGAAUUUGCCACUUUUCUUGGCAGCAGGUUGGUUUAAUUAUUUGCCAAGUCUACAAGAGUGCCACAAUCUGGCAAAGUACAGGCUUACCAACAUCCUACAUUCAGACAUCAUGCAUGCAUGCUGAGCUGAAGUAUUGUUAGUCUGUAACAAAAAUUAGCUGUAGGACAUCAAAGCCAGGAAAAGGCAAAGACUUAAUGACAAGUAGAAGAAAUGGCAUUAUUUGGUAUCACUAUGCAAUGAAGAUAUACAGGCAGUCAGUAAUCAACAGAAGGCUGAGAUAUUUGACGAUAUAUUGAGAUAAGUUACUUGGCUAUCAAGAGAAGACAGUAGUGGCAGUAAACUGUGUGGACUAGGUAGCAUGAAUUAGUGUAACAAAAAUAUGCCUCACACAGAGUUAAAUAUCGAGCAGUGUUGCAGAUAAGCAAUGUCCAGACUUUGUACCCCAAUUCAACAAUACCAUCAUGGGCAUCAUUCACGGUGUAACUUUAUGUCAUUUCCAUUAGCACCUUUCUGUCUUUAUCUCAAUUUGAAUAUUUUCAUCGUUUUGUACAUCUUUCACAGGUGUCCAUUGACUUGCACAUAGCCCAAAUUUCACAACUAUCCACAUUUUUUUUUACAACACAUCCCAUUCUGCACCUUCCCUAUUUCACAGUAGUGAAGGUCCACCUACAAUCUCAAGCCUACAAAUACUAUGCUCGUCUGAAAAUUCAUUGAGAAAUCUAGGGUAAAGCUUUCAAAGCCUCAAGUAUAGGGAAGAAAAGAUAACUUCAUAUUUUCUUUAUAUUGCAGCCAUCAGAGUGUUGGUCUGUAAGCACAUGUAAUCCAUAUUUUUCCCUGGUGACCUACAGUAAAAAAGGAUUGUAAAUAGCAUGGGGCAAUGUCCUCCAUCACAGAGUGAUCCUCAGAUGUCACUGUUGCAUUUUUUAAAGUCUUGUCCUCGUGUAUUACCUUUGAUGCCUGCUUGGCACAAGCCCCUGUUUAUUAAUUCCUUUGUCAUAUUCUCUCUCUCAUACACACCCACAUAGUUUUACCCAAAUGUGUUUAAAAUUAUAACCAAUUGAAAAAAAGCAGAUGAACUUAAUGGGUUUUUUUUCAAUGCUUGUAAAAAUAAUUAACCCUUUUUUUACACAUGUAUAUGUAUUAUUCAGUGUAUAUAUAUAUGACCUUUUAUUAUUGAAAAAUGUUUUUAGAUUGUCUUUCAGAUGACCAGCACAGUAUUAGCUGUCCCGAGAAGCAUGACCGUCUUCUCAGCAUUUUACUGUAGAUUUAUAGUGUGAUGUAAUUCUCAGUUUGGACAUCUUAGUGCUUAGCCUGUGUGUGGAUGCUUUUAUUUAGUGCGAACUACCUAAGGACUGCAGCAACUUUUAUCUCUGAUUAUUACCCUUGUGCCUUCACAAGACAGGGUGAGCGGUCUGCUCCAGGCAGUCUGUGUUGUUGUGCACUGAUUUUCAUGAUCUCAUAUACAUAUAUUUAUAGUUGGUGACAGUUUCAACAAGAUCACUAUGAGUGGGUGUGUCUCUGCAUGUCAGCAUAUUCAGAUGUGUGCCCUAGGGGUGUAGUUUCAACAUGAUGCUUUCAUUACAAUAAAUGGCUAGGCAGUUGAAUUCUAUGCUAAACUGUAACAGAACUACGUGGACUCCCAAUGGCCACAAUUUUGCAGUUAUUUAAUGCGUCCAUCUCCACAGCAUGAAAAUUUCAGUUCCAGAUUUAGUAUAAGCACAAUAUUGAUCAGGGUCUGUCAGUAGGAUCUUCAAUGUACACGGAGCAGUUUGCCAUUGUGUGGAAAGGAUUCAUUAGCUGUGUAAGAGAGUGGCAAAUUGCAUACAGAAAAUUUGCCAAGAGGGUCUGAAAAUAAUUUUGCAUUGGGAUCUAAAAACACCAAAAGAGUUAAGGUUGGAGUUUCAUCACAUAAGCUUUUUGUAAUAAUCCUGAAAGCUAACAUUUCAUCAUUACUGUUAUCAAGGGUUAAUCUGUCACUAACAGAGUUACAGGCAUAAAUACACAUUUAUAGCAGUUUCUUAAAAAGAAUCAAUAUUUAAAGGCAUGUACUUGUUUUCUGCAGCUGAUCAAUAAAAAUAUAUAUUCAUGGGUUAA